CCAUCUACUACUUCCCCCUCUCCUUCUUAUCUGCUACAGCAGCAAUUAUAUAUUUCCCCCCGAGGCAUUUUCAGCGUGCUUUACUUACCAGCUGCCUAUUUUUCUUCCCCUGACAGAAAAAAGUUAAUCCUUUUUGUUAAUUAGGAAAAAGAAGAAAGAGUGCGUGUGAACUGGAGAAGAGGUGGAAAAAAAGGGGAUAUAGUGGAGGCUGUAGACAGGAAAUUAUGGGAGCUGGGUAGCCUGGAAAUCCCUCAAUUUGUUCUUUGCUCCUCUUCUGAUCUUCUCCUUCUGUAGCGCUGGAGUGAGCUCGUGAUGUCUCCAUUUUAGGACAGAGGAGUGUGCAACUUCCUAAUCCAUCGUCCUAACCUCGCUUGAGCGUUCGUGAGCUCUAGUUUGCGGUGUAAAAAUCGCAGCGUUUCGUGCUUUCGUCCAAGAAUCGGUUGCUGCCAGCCAUGGAGGUGAGGUCCGAGCAAGGGCUAAUGGCGGGAAGGGAUCUCUUCGGCUUGCCGAAGAGCCAACCAGCGCCGGCGCCGGCGCCGGCACCGGCAGCACCGCCAUCUUCGGCUGCCAUGCAGAGCGUGCGCAUGGCGUACACCGCCGACGGCACCCCUGUUUUCGCCCCGGUGAGCUCUGCGGCCGCGCCGCCCGGUUACCAACCGCAACCGGUUGCUGCGGCGCCCCGCUCUAACAUGCCCACCGCCGUCGCCGCUGGAGGCAAUGGCGUGGCGACGCUGCCGGGCAUGGGCGAACCAUUGGGGAAGAAGAAGCGCGGGCGGCCGAGGAAGUACGGGCCCGACGCGCCCAUGUCGCUCGCACUGGUGACUGUGCCGACGGCUCCUGGAUCGACAGUUGGGCCACAGGAUGCUCAGGGUGCUUCUGGGCCGUUCUCGCCCACCCUACCGGCGAACUUCGUGCCAUCUGCGUCGCCGCCGGACGGAGGGAAGAAACGCGGCCGGCCUAAAGGAUCUACCAACAAGAAGCCCCGCAUGAGUGUUGCCGGGCCGCCAGGAGUUGGAUUCACACCUCAUGUUAUUACAGUUCAAGCUGGAGAGGAUGUGUCAGGAAAGAUUAUGUCAUUUUCUCAGAAUGGAACUCGUGCAGUUUGCGUUCUUUCAGCAAAUGGCACCAUAUCAAAUGUAACGCUUCGCCAAACUGGUACAUCAGGUGGAACUGUAACAUAUGAGGGCCGAUUUGAGAUAUUGUCACUCUCUGGGUCGAUCUUUGUAAAGGACAUUGGAGGCCAGCGUACCCGAACUGGAGGGCUCAGUGUAUCAUUGGCUGGUCCUGAUGGUCGUCUCUUGGGUGGUGGGGUCGCAGGACUUCUCAUAGCUGCUUCUCCAAUCCAGAUAGUAAUAGGAAGCUUUGAUCCUGAGGGGAAAAAACAGCCAAAGCAGCAGGUUCAUUCUGAACCCGUACCAUUGAAGAUCGUUCCGGGCACUGGGAUGGGGGGCAACAUUCCAAGCACUGGGAUGGGGGCCAACAGCCCCCCGUCAAGAGGUACAUUGAGCGAAUCGUCAGGUGGCACCACGAGCCCGCGACAUCAAGGCUAUGCCUCUACCAACAAUAACCAACCACCUAUCUUGUCCAGCAUGUCCUGGAAAUGAACUGAGCAUCCUUGACCAAAUUCAGACUGCGAUAGACUGUCAGGGAACUGCCUUGCUAGCAGGAAGUAGAAAUGUCACUUCUGUCUAACUAGCUCUUAUGUAGUAUAAAUCAGAAGUUUAAUUAUGUUGCAUUGUAGCUGGUAAAUGGUAACUGCAGCUGUUGUGUAGGUCGUUUCAGUUUGAAUUUCUACAUCAGGUAAUUGUUUGUUGUUGUCUUGAGAUGAUGUAUUUAGAUAUGAUAAUGUGACCCUAUGAGGAGCUAUCAGAAUAAUAAUGUUCUUAUGUUCAGUCAA